AUGAGCCGUGUGAAGAGUGGGGGGACAGCCUGGGGUCCAAAGCUGCGGUGGGGGCUCACACGCCGGUGGGGAGGAGUGGUGGUGGCGCCGGUGAGCCCCUACAUUAUCUGGUGGGACUGGUGGCUUGGUACGCUGAUCUCUGCCUUCACUGUGCUGUGUGGAGCGCGCAGUGACCUCAUCUCGGAGCGGGGAAAGUGCUGCGUGUUUUGGCUCAACGUGGUCGCGGCUCUCAUCCAGAUCCUCACCGCUGUCCUCAUGGUUGGAUGGAUCAUGAGCAUCUUCUGGGGAAUGGACAUGGUCAUUUUGGCAAUUUCCGAUGGUUGUAGGGACCAGGGAGUUCCUCAAGAAGUCUGA